AUGGCUUUCAGUGGCAAUACUGUGGUUGCUGAUGAUGAGCUUUCGUGUCAAUUAUAUCAACUGGCUCGCUAUGAAUUCCUGACGCAUAUGAUAACAUAUGUUUAUGGUCUUAAGCUCAAAUAUCAGCCGCGACAGUUUCUUAUUAUCCGCUUCGUUGGAAACAUUAAAACAAUACAUAAUUUCAUUUACGAGUCAAUUAUUCUUGAAAAUUACCAACCGAUGUUAGCAAUCAAAGCUGUAAUAAAUGCAGAAAAGUUUCAAUUUUUCUUGGUUCACAUUGCUUGA